UAUUACUCAUUCAUUUUGCACUGUUUCUCUCUCACAAGGAAGAAGCCGCCUCAGCCACUGCUUCUUGGUUUCUCUCGCUCUACCAAACCUCAAAAACCUUUUCUUUUCAAAACCUUCUAAAACCCUUUUUUUCUUUUCUUAUUUCUAUGCAACAUCUUAACUAAUUGGCAUUUCACGUUUAAUUGUUUCGGCUCACUGGUAACACGCCUUCUUUCAUCUGAAAGAGGAAAUGGCUGGAAAAUCAAGCAAGGGGAGGAACAAAAAAGGGUCUCAACAUGCUUCUAGUACUUCAGAACCAGCAGUCCAUUCUGAUUUUCCUGUGAAGAAUAACCUGGAAGGCACUUCAGAAUCUGCAAAAGCUGAUGUGGCUGAAGCUGAAGCAAUUGUUGAUUCUGUUGGUGCCAAUCCAGAGUUGAAAGAACAUGAAACAACAACUGAAGGGAGCCAACAAAAGCAAGGUGAUCUUCAACUUUACCCUGUUUCUGUUAAAACACAAACUGGGGAGAAACUUGAGCUUCAGUUGAAUCCUGGAGAUUCUGUUAUGGAUGUACGACAGUUCCUCCUUGAUGCUCCUGAGACGUGUUUUAUCACAUGCUAUGAUUUACUGUUGCAUACCAAGGAUGCAUCAACUCAUCACCUGGAAGAUUAUAAUGAAAUUUCUGAAGUAGCUGAUAUUACUACUGGUGGUUGCUCCUUGGAAAUGGUCCCAGCAUUUUAUGAUGAUCGAUCUAUAAGGGCCCAUGUUCACCGUUCAAGGGAGUUGCUUUCCCUUUCUAAUCUCCAUGCUUCACUAUCAACAUCGCUUGCCCUACAGAAUGAGAUAGCACAAAAUAAAGCUGCAAAUUCUGCAGAUACCUUGAAACCUGAAGUUCCUGAGCUCGAUGGACUUGGUUAUAUGGAGGACAUCUCUGGUUCAUUGGGUAAUUUGUUAUCUUCCCCAUUGAAGGAUAUUAAAUGCGUAGAGAGCAUAGUGUUUUCAUCCUUCAACCCUCCUCCGAGCUAUAGAAGGCUUCUUGGAGAUUUGAUUUAUUUGGAUGUGAUCACUCUUGAGGGUAAUAAAUUUUGUAUUACGGGAAGUACAAAAAUGUUUUAUGUCAACUCGAGCUCAGCAAACACUCUUGACCCAAGGCAAAGUAAAGCUACUUUUGAAGCAACAAAUCUUGUUGCUCUCUUACAAAAGAUUAGCCCUAAGUUCAAAAAAGCUUUCCGGGAAGUACUGGAGGGUAGAGCAGCUGCCCAUCCUUUUGAAAAUGUGCAAUCUUUGUUGCCACCUAAUUCUUGGCUUGGGUUAUACCCUGUUCCUGACCACAGACGUGAUGCAGCCCGGGCUGAGAAUGCUUUGACUCUUCUUUAUGGCAAUGAGCCAAUUGGCAUGCAAAGAGACUGGAAUGAAGAGCUGCAGUCCUGUAGAGAAUUUCCUCGUACAACCGCACAGGAGAGGAUUUUGCGGGAUAGGGCACUUUAUAAAGUGACAUCAGACUUUGUUGAUGCAGCUAUUAAUGGUGCAGUUGGAGUGAUCAGUGGCUGCAUUCCUCCAAUAAACCCAACUGACCCUGAAUGUUUUCACAUGUAUGUACACAACAAUAUAUUCUUUAGUUUUGCUAUUGAUGCUGACCUUGAGAAGCUAUCAAAGAAAUGUGUGGAUUCUAAUUCAAAAACUUGGAGCUCUGGCACUUUGCAAAGUUCUUCUGAUAAAGCUUCCAUCCCACUUCAUGGAGAAACUCAGGUUCCUAAUGGAGGAAAAGAUAUUGGUUCAAGUUCAGNUGAUCUUAAUGGCACAGAAACCACUCAAGAUGCUUCUCCAGAAGCUCAGCUGGCUGAGAAUGAGCANGCCACGUAUGCUUCUGCAAACAAUGAUUUGAAGGGAACAAAGGCUUACCAAGAAGCCGAUGUUGCUGGACUUUAUAAUCUUGCUAUGGCUAUAAUUGACUACAGGGGGCAUAGAGUGGUAGCUCAGAGUGUAUUACCGGGCAUUCUUCAAGGGGACAAGUCAGACUCUCUCUUGUAUGGCUCUGUCGACAAUGGAAAGAAAAUUUGCUGGAGUGAAGAUUUUCAUUCUAAGGUGUCAGAGGCUGCCAAACGCCUUCAUUUGAAGGAACAUUCAGUCCUUGACGGAUCUGGAAAUGUUUUCAAAUUAGCUGCACCUGUGGAGUGCAAGGGCAUCGUUGGUGGUGAUGACCGACACUACCUUCUUGANUUGUUGAGGGUAACUCCUCGUGAUGCCAACUAUACUGGGCCUGGUUCUCGAUUUUGUAUCUUGAGGCCGGAAUUAAUUACUGCCUUUUGCCAGGCCCAAGUAGCGGAGGCAUUGAAACCUACCAAGGUGAAUUCUGAAGAGNCUGACAAUUUGGUCACUGAUUCCGGAAAGGCAACUGAUUCUGACCAGCUGGUAAAUGAUUCCCAAGCAGCUGUUGAUUCUGAUCAGCUGGUGAAUGAUUCCCCAAAUGCUGCUGAUGCUGACACACUGGUGAACCAUUCCCAAAAUAUUGCAGAUGCUUACAAGCCAGAUUCAAUAGACGAAAAAAAAACUGAGGAUGUAAAAGAAUUUGCUUCUNUGACUGCCAAAGCCUCUGACGGUAGUGAGGAUAUUGUUUUUAAUCCUAACGUCUUCACUGAAUUCAAACUUGCUGGGAGCCCAGAGGAAAUAGCAGCUGAUGAAGAUAAUGUUAGAAAAGNUGGUCAAUAUCUUAUUGAUGUUGCACUUCCAAAGUUUAUACAAGAUCUAUGUACACUUGAAGUUUCACCAAUGGAUGGCCAGACAUUAACUGAAGCACUGCAUGCUCAUGGAAUUAAUGUUCGCUNUAUUGGCAAAGUGGCUGGAGGGACUAAACAUCUACNUCAUCUGUGGGAUCUUUGCAACAAUGAGAUCGUUGUUAGAUCUGCCAAGCAUAUUAUCAAGGAUUUAUUGAGGGAGACAGAGGACCAUGAUCUUGCACCAGCUGUAUCUCAUUUCUUAAACUGCCUAUUUGGAAGCUGUCAAGCUCCCAGUGGCAAAGCUAUCACCAAUAGCGCUCAGUCCAAAACUCCUAAAAAGGAACAUGCUGGGCAACGGUCUCCAGGAAAACAUUCCAAAGGGCAAGCUCGAUGGAAAGGCAGGGCUUCAUUAAGAAAGGCUCAACCUUUGUACAUGAGUAUCAGCUCGGAAGCUCUUUGGUCAGACAUCCAAGAAUUUGCCUUGGUUAAGUACAAGACCUUUUUUUGUUUCAUGUUGACCUGUUGCAGUUAUGGAAAUAUGGCUCUGUUUUACCACGGACUUAACCAGACAGAACUUGCCCUUCGCCAUAUGUCCCGUGCUUUGCUAUUAUUAAGUUUGUCAUCAGGGCCAGAUCAUCCUGAUGUUGCAGCAACAUUUAUCAAUGUUGCAAUGAUGUAUCAGGAUAUAGGAAAGAUGAACACAGCUCUUCGUUAUCUGCAAGAAGCUUUAAAGAAGAAUGAAAGGCUUCUUGGCGAGGAGCACAUCCAAACUGCUGUUUGUUAUCAUGCUCUUGCCAUUGCAUUUAAUUGUAUGGGUGCUUUCAAGCUCUCUCAUCAGCAUGAGAGGAAAACGUAUGAUAUACUUGUCAAACAACUUGGUGAAGAUGAUUCAAGGACACGAGAUUCACAGAAUUGGAUGAACACUUUCAAGAUGCGAGAACUGCAGAUGAAUGCCCAAAAGCAAAAGGGUCAAGCUCUGAAUGCAGCUUCGGCUCAGAAGGCUAUUGAUAUCCUGAAGGCACACCCUGAUUUGAUUCAUGCAUUCCAAGCUGCUGCAGUUGCUGGGGGAUCUGGAAGUUCAAGUGUAUCUGCAAACAAAUCCCUGAAUGCUGCAAUAAUGGGUGAGGCCCUCCCCAGAGGAAGAGGAAUUGAUGAAAGGGCUGCACGUGCAGCUGCUGAAGUCAGGAAGAAAGCUGCAGCAAGGGGCCUUUUAGUGCGUCCCCAUGGUGUACCGGUCCAAGCCUUGCCACCCCUUACCCAACUUCUGAAUAUCAUAAACUCAGGUGCAACUCCAGACACAGUGAAUAAUGGGAAUGCAGAUGGAGCAAAGGAGGACACAAAUGGCAUUGAUCCAAGUGAUUCAACUGAUGUCAACAAAGGCCAAACAGUACCUGUGCAUGAGCAGGCUCCUGUUGGAUUAGGCAAGGGAUUGUCAUCCUUGGACGCCAAGAAACAGAAGGCAAAACCAAAAGCUGGAGCUUGAAAUUUUGAACUUGUAAGCUCUGGUAGUUGGCAGUGGUAGAUUUAUUUCAGAUCAAUAUUCUUUGAGAUGGUUGGGUUAACCAGGUACUUUGCUCAGCUUUUUUUUUCUGAAGAGUGCUGUAGCGAUCAGAAGUAAUUUUGUUUUUUUGGCCUUUGCUCCUUAGGUUUGGUAGAUUUAGACCUCCGGAAUGAAUGUGAUUGUGAUCAAGUACAUUGUUAAUUUUUUGUUCUGGGCGAUUGCUGAUGAUUUUUCAAUAAACUUUAUAUUCCGGGAUGCAGGGUAAGAACUAUCAUUUUGAUAAUGAUAUCAUGUAUCCAUGACAAAUUUAAUUUACUGCUGGUUUAAGGCAAAUUAAAUGCAUAAUCUACGGUGUAGAAAAUUUUGCUGCAACUUUUGUAUGACAUUAUCAUCUUUAAUAAUAUGAUGGCAAUUCUUUCUGUGAA